AAAUUUUAAUUUCCGAACAAGACUGGUGCGAAGCAAAAUCGACUCUACGAUCAAAAGCCAACCACCUCUUACCCAUCGCCGGCGAUCCUCACUCGGGCCCCCUCCGUCCCGCCGCCGUGGCUUCCAACGGGCCGCAGCCACUCCACCGCCGGAAAGUUCCAGCAACCAAUCCACCCCAAACCCUUGCUUCCGCCAGGAUUCGACCGGCCGACGAUAUCUACCUCCCGUUCUGGCAGCAGAAUUGGUUCCUUUUACUCCUCUUUUUGAUGGCUCUUUCCUUAUUCGGCCUCUCCAUCUUUCUCUACGUCAGUUUGCAGCUCGACGAGGGAUCCCCUAUUCCUACCUCGGCGGCGCCGUCCGAGGGUGUGGAGGUAUCGUAUGGAACGGUUCUCAAGCUUAUGCACGAGAGGACCAAAUUUCGGCUGCACUCUCAUGACGUCCCAUACGGUUCAGGGAGUGGGCAACAGUCUGUUACCGGAUUCCCGAACGUCGACGAUUCUAACAGUUAUUGGAUUGUUAGGCCUUUGCCAGAUUCGUCUUCCAAACAAGGUGAUGCCAUACCACAUGGAACUAUUGUCCGUUUGCAACAUAUGAGGACUCAGAAGUGGCUGCACAGCCACUUGCAUGCAUCCCCUAUUUCUGGAAAUUUGGAGGUAAGCUGUUUUGGAGGUGAUGGUCAAUCAGAUACUGGAGAUUACUGGCGGAUUGAGAUUGAAGGGAAUGGGAAGACAUGGAGACAAGACCAAAGAAUAAGACUUAAACAUGUUGAUACUGGGGGCUAUUUACACAGCCAUGACAAGAAGUAUACCAGAAUUGCUGGAGGGCAGCAAGAGGUUUGCGGCAUCAGAGAAAAGAAACCGGACAACGUUUGGUUGGCGGCAGAAGGCGUCUACCUUCCAGUUUCUGCAAAAUAACAGCGUAUAUUUUCAAAGCUCUGAGCUUAUUUACAUAGUUGAGUUGUAGAAUAUGUUCUGCUAUACUAUUGUUUUCUGCUGCAAUUCCAAAUUCUGCAAUAUUUUUUUGUUGGGGAGCAGAUUUAACUAUUCAUGCAACCGAACAGCUGUUCUAUCAAUUUAGUGAACUUUUCCUUCAGGUGA